CAAAAAAGUUUAAAGGCAUGCGUUUCGGAGAGCUCACUUGAUUAAAUCUGACAGUGCGCAUUCUAUCAAGAUCACAACCCCGUGCCAAGAGCUUAUCUACCUGUCAAUCUAUAUAAGCGCGCCAUCUAAAAAGAGAGUUUCCACCAUCAAGAUGUCAAACACGGGAGGUCGGCGACUAAAGCAGUGGCUGAUGGAGCAGAUCCAAAGUGCGCAGUAUUCUGGACUCCUGUGGGAGGAUGAAAGCCGCACUAUGUUCCGAAUUCCAUGGAAACACGCAGGAAAACAGGAUUACAACCAAGAAAUAGACGCAUCCAUUUUUAAGGCCUGGGCUGUGUUUAAAGGCAAGUAUAAGGAGGGGGACAAGGCUGAGCCUGCAACAUGGAAGACCAGACUUCGCUGCGCCCUGAAUAAAAGCCCUGACUUCGAGGAGGUGACUGAGAGGUCACAGCUUGAUAUUUCUGAGCCUUAUAAAGUGUACCGCAUUGUUCCAGAAGAAGAGCAAAAACACGGCAAAAGUUCAGUGAUGGCUGUGACAGCUACCACCAGCUCUGGUGAGAUCACAGAUAUGGACUGCAACCCCGAGCUAGAAGAGCUCAUUAAAGAGGAGGAAAGCUGUAGCAUCCAAGCCAGUCCAGAAUAUUGGUCCCAGGGCAGUGUCAAUGCUUUCCCACUGCAUCAGGAACCUUUGCCAUCGAGCAGUCUCAGUUCAGCCCUCUGCCAAAUGAUGAUCAGUUUUUACUAUGGAGGAAAGCUGAUGCACUCCACACUGGUGACUCAUCCUGAAGGAUGCCGAAUCUCUCCGCAACAUCCCCUGGGUCGGGGUGCCCUCUACAGUUCAGACAGCAUGCAGAGUGUUUAUUUCCCCCCUGCUGAACUCAUUGAGUUUGAACGGCAGCGAUAUGUCACGCGCAAGCUUCUGGGCCACCUGGAGAGAGGUGUAUUGGUCCGUGCAAACCAAGACGGCAUCUACAUCAAAAGGCUGUGCCAGAGCCGUGUCUUCUGGAGCGGAUUGGGAGAUGUGGGCUCGCAAUAUGGCUCAAUGCCUGGCAAACUCGACAGGGAUGCUGUUGUCAAGAUCUUUGAUACAGCAAGGUUUCUUCAAGCUCUACAGCUGUACCAGGAGGGUCAGAUUCCUGCUCCUGAUCCAACAGUGACUCUGUGUUUUGGAGAAGAGUUGCAUGAUCACAACAGUGCCAAAAACAAACUGAUCAUCGUCCAGAUCACUUCAGUGAACUGCCAGCACGUGCUUGAGACAAUGAACAUGCGUCGUGCCCAGCCUUAUUGCAACAACCCAAACCUAGAGAUGUCUGAUGAUGCGGCCACUGACCAGAUGGCUCGCAUCUACCAGGAUCUGUGCAGCUACAGUGCUCCUCAAAGGACAACUUACAGGGACAACAUGCCAAUCACUGCCUAAGAUGUGAGCAGUAAUACCUGACAAGAGCUCUUCAGCUUGCUCUAAACUGAAUACAGAACAUAAGAAGAACAUUCUUUGCUUUUCUAACACACGCUGGCGAGCCAAACGUGAAAGAGCACAUUUCUUCUUUGACUGUAAGACUUUAAAGCUGAAGCUCCAUAUUAGAAAGUCGACAAAUUUUUCUAUACAAGUAAUGUUUACUUUUGUGUAAAUACAGGGCAUAACUCUGCCUAACGUCUGAUUUAUUUUUGUAAGAUGUUUUUAUUAUCCAACUCAAGAGAACAGGUAGCAUAUUCAUGCAUGUUCAAAUACUGUAUUUCCUACAACUCAAGUCUUUAUAGAUACGAAUCUUUCGUAUCUAUAAAGAUUUCUAUUCAAAGUCUUUUUGCAAAAUGGCAGCAGUUUGAUAUAAAAAAGCAAUUUAGUUUGACAAAACUGAAUUUUAUUUUUGGUAUUCUAUCUUUUUCGUACUUUUUGAGUUUCUUUCUUGUUUGACAACCAGCUGAAUAAACAAUCAAAUUUUAUCAAGUGUUGAGCUGAUAAAAGUUGCAUAAAGUUUUAGAUGCAAAGUGGCAUUUAAUGAAAGAUAGGUUUUACUAUCAGACUUUUUAAAUGAUAGAUCUUUAGUUCAACCUUUUGUAGACUGUGUUUCAAAUAAA